UUUUUCUUAUGCUCGUUUUAGUUGUCAUUCUCUCGCCCUAACUCAAACAAAUAAUUAAUGCCAAAAUUAUACUAAAGUAGAAAAAAUCAACAUGCUAUCAAUACCCACAUUGAGAACACUCAUUAGACGAACGUAUGUUUUGAAAGUGAACGGUUGUGGUCAAAGAUACAGAGAAAAUUGUAUUCAAGCAGCUGUUAAUAAAGUUGGCAAAAUGUUGCAAACUUUUGAAGAUCGUGUUUUUCAACAAAUCGAUAGAAAAUAUAAUUCAUCAAUAGAUUAUGAUAAAAAAAUUUCGCCAGACAAUAAAUAUUAUCAAAUAAAUAAUAAGACUGUUGUAAAUAAUGAAGAAAAUAUUUACCAAGAAUAUGAGGAAGCUGUCAAAGCCUUAAAUGCUUUACAAUCGAAUGCCGAAUCGUUGCGUAGUUCAAUUCAUAAACGUAAACGUUUAAAUUCUUUACAAGAUACUCAGCGGUAUUUACUUAAAAGUGGCCUGACUAUUAAAGAUUUGGAAAAACUAUCUUAUAUACAUGUGACGGGUACCAAGGGCAAGUUAAGGCGUAUGUUUUGCUGUGUCUAG